AUGUUAAAAUCAGCCCAUUUUCUACUUUGCUUCUUGUUUAUUCUUAAUUUAUUUCUAAAAUACCCUCCUCCUUCUUCUGACAGUCUACAUUCUGGACCAGUUAUUUCGUCCUUUCCUUUGUUUACCAUUUGUUUUCUUCAAAAUAUUAUCACAUUCUUCUUCUUCUAUUUCUCCUCCUCCUUCUUCUUUUUUCCUCCUUUAAAUUUUUUUAUUCUUCUUCUUCUUCUUCUCCUCCUCAAUCCUUCUUCUUCAUUUUUCCUUUACAGACCCUCUCCUUCUCAAUCUUUUUCUUCUUCGGUUUCUCAUCCUCCUCUUGAAUCUUCUUCUUCUUCUUCUUACCCAAAACCCUUUUUUGUUUUCCUCCGUCGUUGCUCUUGUUCUUCUCCUCCAUUGAAUUCUCUGAUCCUUCUGAAUUCUUCUUCUUCUUCUUCUUUUCUCACGCAGGGAGAUUGUUUCUUCUUCUUCUUCUCCUCUCCUGUUCUCUCCUGUUCCUUCCUCCUUCUUCUUUUAGUUUAUUCUUCUUCAUCAGACCUCCUCCCUUUCUUCUUGAAUGAAAUGACUUUUCCUCCUCCAUUGACUUUUUUCUUCUUCUAUUUCUCCUCUUCUUCUUCCUUCUUCUUCUUCUUAAUCAACAAGCUCCUCCUCCGGUAA